GUAAUGAAGACUUCUUUAAAGACUGCAUAUAUGCAAAUAUACGAAAAGUAUAGUUACAGUUAACAACCGAAUAAAGACAUAGUAUUAAAUUUAAUAGAAGUCAUGUCUUUUUGUUAAUAUGUUGCAUAAUUCUCAAUUAAUUCAGCUGUUUUACCAGAUGAAUUAUGUGCACUAUCAACUUUACGAUGGUAUGGUAUACGGCACAGAUUAUGUCAGGAGGCAGUAUAUGGUAGGAUCACAUCAGUGAAUCAGCUGGCUGACUCGUUAGAGAAAGAUGUGGUUUGAAAUAAUACCUAGUUUUGCCAUUAUUACUGUGACCCUGGCUAUCCCACCUGUUGUAAAGCACUUUGGACAUCUACUGAUUUUUGGCAAUGCAACCAUACGCGAUAAGACACACGUGUGGGAAGGUUUUAUGUUUCAGCGUGAUGAACGGCUUACAGGAGAUCCUUAUAAAGCCAAAGGUCUUGAAGCCAUUCCCGAUGAGUGAACAGAUUAGAACAUGAAAUUCAUUUCCUAGAACAGAAAGUGAAAUCAUGACUGAUGAACAGCAUUGUUAGCAUGUUUAAAAUGUACUAAAUAUGAAUAUUGUAAAUUUGUAAAAAUUACUUGUACGAGAAAAAUAAAUUAUGCACAGUGUGCAAGUAAAAUAGGCAA